UCAAUCAGAUGCAGAGAAGUCUGGAGAAAAGAAGCAAAUGAAAGCACCUAAAGUGCAGUUUAACUGGCGGGACGCUCUGGAUCUGGAGGGUCUUCUGACAGAGGAGGAGAUCAUGAUCCGGGACUCCUUUCGCACCUACUGCCAAGAGAAACUCAUGCCACGCAUCCUGAUGGCCAACAGAAAUGAAAUUUUUCACCGUGAAAUUGUGUCUGAGAUGGGGGAACUUGGAGUUUUGGGCCCAACCAUUAAAGGUUACGGCUGUGCUGGCACAAGUUAUGUGGCGUACGGCCUCAUCGCUCGAGAAGUGGAGCGAGUGGACAGCGGAUAUCGCUCGGUCAUGAGUGUGCAGUCCUCCCUGGUCAUGCACCCCAUCAAUGCUUACGGCACAGAGGAGCAGAAGCAGAAAUACCUGCCCAGACUGGCACAAGGAGAGAUUCUGGGUUGUUUUGGACUGACUGAGCCAAACCAUGGCAGUGACCCAGGCAGCAUGGAGACCAAGGCCAAGUACAACUCGUCCAGUCGCACUUUCACCCUCACUGGAUCCAAGACUUGGAUCACAAACUCUCCAGUGGCUGAUAUCUGUGUGGUUUGGGCUAAAUGUGAGGAUGGGAAGGUUCGUGGCUUCAUCUUGGAGCGUGGCAUGAAGGGUCUGUCCACCCCCAAGAUUGAAGGCAAAUUCUCCCUGCGGGCUUCAGCCACUGGUAUGAUCAUCAUGGAUGAGGUGGAAGUACCAGAGGAAAACCUGCUGCCCAAAGCUUCAGGACUAGCAGGCCCGUUUGGGUGUCUGAAUAAUGCUCGUUAUGGCAUUGCUUGGGGAGCUCUGGGAGCCGCAGAGUUCUGCUUCCAUGCCACAAGACAGUACACACUGGACAGAAUCCAGUUUGGAGUUCCACUCGCCAGAAACCAGCUGAUGCAGAAGAAGAUGGCAGACAUGUUGACCGAGAUCACCCUCGGCCUGCAGUCGUGUCUGCAACUGGGCCGACUGAUAGAUGACAAAAAAGCGGCUCCGGAAAUGAUAUCGCUGCUAAAGAGAAACUCUUGCGGUAAAGCCCUGGACAUCGCCAGACAGGCCCGAGACAUGCUGGGAGGAAACGGCAUCGCAGACGAGUACCACAUCAUCCGUCACGUCUUGAACCUGGAGGCCGUCAACACUUAUGAAGGUCAGAGAGAGAGCGACGAGAUCAGGCUUUACUGAGAAAACAAUCCCUGAUCUGAUCUUCCAGGUCAACGCGCAGGCCAGAGUUUUGUAAUGCUUUGAGCUUUCAGGAAAGUGAUAGGGAUUUGGGGGUAUUUUUGGAGGACAUGGGAAAGCUCGCAUUGGAGCACUUCUGAUGUUAUUUCUAGUUGGAUGCAUUAAACGGGAACAUAUCUGUUUUCUCUUACAUUUAAAA